GUCACCUUGAGGCCACACUGUGGGUCUCAGUGACCCAGAGCCUUCCCAAGGUUUCUCUGCUGCAGGUGCCCUGAAGGGCAGUGUGUCAGACUUGCUGACCAGAGCCUUUACAAAAUGUUUCUUGUCACUGUGGCAGGAGGCCUUCAGGCCAGGCUGCAGGACUUAGUGUCCUGCAGCUGUUCCAAGCCUUCCCUAUUGUAGCUUUCUUCAAGGCACAGCUGCAGCCCUCACUGCCCUGCAGCUUUCCCAAGGCGUCUGUCCUGCAACUUGCCCUUAAUCCCGACAUAGACAUGGCAGAGAGACCUCCCAACACACCCAAGAAGGUGGAGAAUUGCCCUUGUGGCGCCGCACUCCAGCGACGUGCUGACUUGGAGCAGCUGCAGCUGCUGCAGAAGAGUGAGUGAAAGAGCUGGGCCACAGGGCUGGCCUGCAGCCAGCUCCACCCUGCCCCAUCCCAUCCCAUCCCUUCCCUGCGGACAUGCCCAUGGAUAGGACAGAAGAGGGGCUGGGGCAUCCUGGGGCUGUCCCUGCCUGGGAGACUGCAGGGCUGGGCUGUGCUCUCUGGCCUCUCCUGCAGCUCCUCAGCUCUGGCAUUCCUUGCUCUUUGCCAGAUGCAGCCAAGGACCCGGCACAAGGGCUGGAUCCUGCCCGUAGCUGCUGGCGCUCUGUAGGCCAGAAGUUCGCGAACCUCGCUUGGUGUCGAGAGAUGAUCAGCAUGUUCACCAAGGGUGCAGCAGAGGCUGGCCCCACAGCCCCUCAGAGCAUACCUCCUGCUCCCAGCCUGGAUCAGUUUGGGGAGAGAGUUGUCUCCAGUCCCAGUCAAGUGCCAGGCUUUGUCAGGAACAUGCACCAGAGGCUGGCGUCCAACGAGCCUCCAGACGACUGGCUGUUCAUGGACAUCCUGCGGCUGACCGAGGAACAGCCCACUGAUGUGGCAGUGACCCUGCUGCGGUGUGCCCCGACAUGUGACAGAGCUGCCGCAAUCAUGUGGAAGACCAUCGCCUCGUCAGGAACGGCAACGGAAAAGGUGCUGCCCACACUGCUGUGUGUGAUGGACGGCUGGCCCAUGCAGAAAAUGUACACGGCUGAUGGGGACAACAAGGAGGUCUUUGCCCUGGCUGCAACCAGGGUGAUUUGGGAGAUUCUCCGCCUGCCCUGGUGCCCAGAGCCGUUUGUGGAAUAUUCCCCCCAUCUCCUUGUGGCUCUGCUGUACCAAGUUCACACCAGUACGGAGCAGAUGUCAGAAGAAGUAAAUACUUUCUGGAAGAAAUGUCAGGAGGAAAAUGGCAUUACCGCCAACCCCAACAGCUUUGUAGUGGGCACUGUGAAGUCAUUGCUGUACCAUCUGCAAUGUCUGAAUUUACUGAUGGCUCUGGAACGGAAGUGUGCCUGGGACACGCUGCUCCGUGCUGAAACCCACCACUAUGCAAUGGGUCUGCUGGCCAGGGAGAUGCGCCGUGUCUGCCAACCUUUCUGCUCCUGCAUCGCACUCCGCCUGCUCUGCCGGCUCAGCACGGAGGAGCCAUGCUGGGAAAUGGGCUCCCUGGCGUUCCUGGUGGAGGUCCUGGAUUGCCUGGAUUUGAAUGAAUGGGGUAACAACAUCCUGGAGAUCUUGACCAAGCACCUGCUGAGCGAGUCCAUGGAGAUGCGACGCCUGGCCCUCAGAGGCCUCGUGAGGCUCAGCAAAGACCCCUCAAUGGCCAAAAAAAUGUGCAGCCUGUCUGAACCCCUCAUGGAUUUCCUGAGGAAUGAAGACAUAGAGGUGGUCAAGAUGAGUCUGUCUGUGUUCACAAAUAUACUCGUGAACAAGGAUAUCCUAACAUCCUGCCCCACAGCCCCCAAACUGGCUGCCGCGCUCCGGCCCCUCUUUGACAGCGACAACAAUGAAGUGCAGUGGCUCUCCAUUGGCCUCUACAAAGAUGUGAUGGAAUCGGUAGUGGAAAGGGGAAAAAAGGCCCUGAAGCCUCAUGUGAGCGAGAGCCUGCUUCCUCUCUUUUUCCACUGCUACGACGAGAACCGGCGUGUGGCACAGACCUCUCGGGAAACGCUGCUCUCUGCAGUAAACUUCCUGAAGAGAAGGGAUCUCAAACAGCUGCUCAAGUUGGAUGACCCGUGGAGCUUUGCCGAGCACGUGCUGGCAGAGGACAGGAGCCGAGCGGCCGAGCACCUGCGCCAGGCCCUGCCGUACCUGCAGAGCCCACAGGAGCCCGUGCGAGAGGCGGCCGUCAGAUCCAUUGGGACCGCCGGGAUGCUCAUGAGAGGACAGCGGGAGGAGCUGCAGCUCAUCUGUGAGGCCCUUCAAGCCCUUAACACAGAUGAGAGCCCCUCCAACACAAACCUGAUCGUUCAAGUCAUGUUGGAUGAAAGAGCUACAUCACUAAGUUCAUCUUCUGGAUUGAAACAACCAGGACAGCAGCAGAUGCCAUGCAGGAGGAAACAAGCUGGAGAUCAGAGGGGAGCAGCUGGAGCUCCAGGCCCAGCUAAUGCUGGGCAAAUCUGA